AUGACGGAACAGCUAUCAGUAUUAGCGGAUCGAAUGAUCCAUCGUUUAAUGACCGAUCAAUUUUUGGAUGGUUUUUCCGAUUCCCAAUUGAUUGCAAUUAUCGAUGCUGUUUGUAAAAUAAUGCAACCAAAUGGAUCUUUGAUUGAAAUUUCUGCACCUGUUAUUAUUUUUGGUGAUAUUCAUGGACAAUUCGGUGAUUUAAUGCGUUAUUUAAAAAUUGUUGGUACACCACCGGAACAAAAUUUCCUAUUUUUGGGUGAUUAUAUUGAUCGAUGUAAAAAAGGACUUGAGGUUGUAAUGUUAUUAUUUUGCUUCAAAGUGAAAUAUCCGGAUAAGGUCAAUCUUUUGCGUGGUAAUCAUGAAUGUACAAAAAUGAAUCGAACUUACGGAUUCUAUCAGGAAUGUAAACGUGUACGAACAACAUUGCUUUGGAAGAUAUUCCAGAAAGCUUUCAAUGAAUUACCGUUAUGUGCAAAUGUAAACAAUCGAUUGGUUUGUAUGCAUGGUGGUAUAAGUCCUUUAAUACACGGAUGGUAUUCAUUGAAAAAUUUAAAGAAACCAAAAAGUCAAGCGGAUUGUGAUUGGGGCUUAGCACUUGAUCUGAUGUGGUCUGAUCCGGAUAGUGAUCCGUGUGCUAGAGGUUUCACACCCAAUAAAAUUCGUAAUGCUUCAUGGAUGUUUGGACAAGAUAUGAUUAAAGAAUGCGUUGCAGCAUUGGAUGUGGACAUGAUAGUACGAGCGCAUGAAGUUGUUAAAAAUGGUCAUCAAAUUGAUUGUGAUGGAAAAAUUUGUACCGUUUUUUCCGCACCAAAUUAUUGUGGUAGCGAUGGUAAUUGUGGAUCAAUUAUGCGUGUUACUGAUGAUUUGAAAAUUUCAUUCGUAACAUUAAAACCAAAAUUAGAAGUGCAAAAAUUGAGUGCUGAAAAACUCGCUGAAUUUGAGAAACAGAAUCGAUCAAGUGCUGCUAAAAGUCCUAAUCCAGUCUCAUCAUUCGUUACAGCUAAAAUAUUAAAGCCCUGUUCGGAACUGCUAAUGGGACAAUAUUGGUGCGAAGAGCCCAAAAUUUCACCGAUCACUCAGCUUCCUGAAACCUGUGAGAAGGAUAAUACAAUUACAGUUAUUUGUGAAGUGGCAAAUGAAAUCAAUUGUAUAGGAUUGGAUAACGGUACAAGAAAGUUCCUAAAACGUGUGCCAAAUGGAUGUGCUUAUUCAUCUGGUGUUGAUUACAGUACUGCGUUAUUGUUAUCAGUAUUUCUUGGUUGGUUAGGUAUCGAUCGAAUUUACCUUGGAUAUUAUGCUAUAGGAUUUCUGAAGAUGUUUUCAUUUGGGUGCUUCGCAUUAUUGUAUCUUGUGGAUAUCGUAUUAAUUGCGUUGCAGUUGCUGGGACCAGCUGAUGGUUCUGCUUAUCGGAUCAGUUUCUAUGGGCCAAAAGCGACACCAGUACGAUUUUCGAACGAUACUUAUGUUUCGCUCUAUACUUGUUUCGAUUGUUCACCAUAGUUUGAGAAAAUGUCACAAGCACAACUACAAAUGAUAGCUGAUUUGGAGAUGGAAAUGAUGUCUGACAUGUAUCGGCGGAUGACGACAGCAUGUCAGCAGAAAUGUAUUUCAACUCGUUACAAGGAGGCGGAAUUGACAAAAGGUGAAGCAGUUUGCUUGGAUCGUUGCGUUGCUAAAUAUUUGGAUGUACAUGAAAAACUUGGAAAACGGUUAACGUCAAUAUCGCAGCAGGAUGAGAAGCAAUUGCAGCAAAUGCAACAACAAUUACAAUUACAACAACAAGCAAAAUAA